CGAUUGGCGAAAGCGGGGUAGCUAAAAUUGACACCCGAUUGGAACCGGUCUGACGCUAUUGAACCUGUACAGAUUUUGGUGAGAUCCCAACUUCGGUCGAACUUCCUUAUCCAGUUAUCGAGUUUGAGUGCGUUAUCUACCGUUCCGGACUGGCCCGAUAAGGUAUCCAAAUUGUCCCAAUCGAGGCGAAUAUCGGAUUUGGCUCUUUCUCGAGCUUACAUUGUAGCACAUUGUAGAUAGGUGCUUGGCCCGAAGUUCACUGAUAACGAACGAACAGAAGAGCCCUUCGGGGACCCUGCUGAUAAGUAGAAGAAGAAAGUCUUGAGACGGGUCGUUUUGAAUGGGCUUAUCAUCAAUUAUCUUCGUCGUCGACGAUUGGCUUCGUAAUUCCGAUACAGGUGUCCGCGCCUCGAAUCGCACAUAUCAGUCAUAUAAAACCAUGCAACGGCCGAGGGCGGUAUCCCAGUAGGCCACUCGUUCGGAUAGGGUUUGUUCUGUGCGCGCGCGACUUCGUUUCCUUGACUACCCCGAAGUUCUAAGAUGGAUCACAACCAUGGAGGACCUGAUGACAUGGAGAUGCUCUGUCCGAUGAAGAUGUCGUUUCACGGAGGAACCUGCGAGGUGAUUCUGUUUCCGUCAUGGGCCACCACCAAAACGGGACAGUUUGUGGGGGCGUGGAUCGGAUUCUUCCUGAUGGCCCUGCUGUACGAGGGGCUGAAAUUCUACCGGGAGAUUCUGGCCCAGAAGGAGGCGGAAAAGCACUGUUCACCGGGAACCAAGCGAUCCAUGAGACACUUUAUGACCGAUAAGCUGCACAUUCUGCAAUCGCUUCUGCACCUGAUCCAGGUUUCCGUUUCCUACAUACUGAUGUUGAUUGUGAUGCUGUUCAACUUGUGGCUCUGUUUGGCCAUAGUUUCCGGGGCGGCAGUUGGAUACUACUUCUUCGGGUGGAUUCGCCGGAGCAAGAUGGAUCCGAACGAGUGCUGCAAUUGACUGUUGGAUGGCGAUGAUGGAUUGGAACAGUUCGACUACUGACUGAUGUUUGCCCGCUAGAGUUAAGUACAGCGCCGAUUGCUAGUGACAGCAAUCGAUUGAGAUGUAACCUCCACUUGUAGAAAAGUAAGAAAUUGAAAACUUUGUUGUAUAGUACGUAUGACAUAGUGUUUAGAGAAUGUUUGGUAGCUAGGAAUUAAAGAAAUAAAUUGUACAUAUGUAAAUAGCAUCGCAAUAA